AACUGAUCGCGUCGCGCACACAGUUUCAUACGAGGAAGCAAAAUUUACUGCAGAUAAAGCUAAAGAAACCCCCAAGCAAUGCAUUGUGUUUCAGCUUGGCUCCUAACCCUCACAGUCACUUUGUCUGGUAAGUCAUUGACGCUGAGCAGAUAUAUGUAUCUGGCUGCAUUUUUUCCAAUUUAGCCAAGAAUUAGAACGUUUAAUUUAAGCAAAGGGGUGUGUUGGGGAUACUUCGGUUUGCAAUAGGAUAGUGUUUCUCUAAGGAAUAUAAUUUCGGUGAUUUUCCUUGACUAUACGUUUCCCAAUCGCAAGAGAGAAUGAUCUCAUUCUCUCUUGCCAAUCGCUAAGAUUACCCACGGCUAGCUACUGCAUGACCCAAGUGACAGAAAGACGCGGAUAUUACUGCAAACGAUGAAGAGUUUCCAAAUCCAAGCAUUUAUAUUUUCAAAUGAUUGCAACAUUUUUCACAGAUCUGGUUUAGAUCACGCAAACUGAACUUUUAAACCAGCUUGCGCGAUAUUUUUUAGACUGCAUGCGUGAAGGACAGCCAUUUAUGUUGCUAUCUUUUAUUUUUCUGUAUUGUUUAUCUUUUUAACAUGCUCUUUCCCUCAAAUUAUUUUGUCACGUUUAUAUUCUUCCGGUAAAACUUGACUUAGUCAUCAUUGUCCUCCCUGGGUAUCCUGUAUCCCGAUUUGUCUACAGUUGUCUCCACUUGGAAAAUUACGCCUGUUNGGGGGGGGGGGGGGGCACGUCUCAGCUUUUGUUUCUCGCGCGCCACCACCGCCGUCUCGGCCAGACUUUUUACCAUGUAAAGUUUGCAUUCCAUGAUCACUCUUAGUUAUAACAUCCGUUUCCUGAUGAUCGAUGAAAUGCCCCAAAGUAAACUGGUUAAUCACUGAAAAAAGGCGUAAUUUUCCAAGUGGAGAAAACUUUCAAGGGAAAAAAGCUCGGCGGGGGGGGGGGGGGGGCGCGCGCGAAAAAAAAACCGAGCGGCGCCCCCCCCCCCCCCCGGGACGUGCCUGUCGUCUAAGUUGCUUCGUAUGCAACGACUUCCCCAUGAUAUUUCAUUUUCGUCCUUUUUUACUCAAUGAAAGUCAAAUCAGUUAAAUUUAAAGCACUUGUAAGCAAUCGCCUCCGGUACUUCACCGAGGCGACCGGGAAAAACAAAUUGCAUCAUAGGUAACGUGAUAAUCCCAAAUUUAGGACAGACGUUGCCUAGUCCCUGGAAGCACUAGAUAACAUAGGCCUAAUGAUUCCGCACGGCCAAUGCGUUUUGAGUCACAUGGUCGUCACGAGUUUGUUUUGGCUUGCAUUGACCGAGAAGGCCUGGGAAGACGCCGUGCAGGGACCAGGCGACAGGGAGCUUACAAGCAACCACAACGGCAACGGCAGCGAAAACGUCACUUAAAGCCGUUUACAAGGAGGUGGGGGACCCCAGAUAGGUGAGAUAACAUGUGGUGGGUCACCCACCCCACCUAUCAUGUAAAUAUGAUCGAUUAAAAUGAGAGAUUAUAUGGACAGGCGGUUUACCCCACCAAAGCGGGUUACCUCACCUACCUGGGGUCCCCCAUCCCCAUCUAAACAGGGCCCUUAGAAAGCGAGUUCGCGCUGUUUUAAACUUCAUUAUUCUUGUUCCAUUUCAUACAAGUUUUUUAAUGCUGGGAAAUUCUUCUGGAGUUUAUUCUAAAGAACUGUAUCUAAGUUCGGAAAAAGAAAGAGAAAAUCGCUGUCUUGCGUCAACGUCCUCCAUCAUAAAACUUGAAACCGAGGAGGUUUCACGUCGUAGUCGUGCAACGAUGGACGGCAAAAAGAAAGUACUUAAAAGCGUGACACACAUGCAGGCUUGUUGUUUUGCCUAUCUAAACCUAUUGCUUUUUCGCCGUUCUCUUUGCCGUCGCCGCAUCACCGUCACCAUUGCUUAAGUUUCCUACUGGUAAUGGUGGCCAAUCCGAAGCACUACCCUGACCUGGAUAGUGACACGUCACAAGUAUGGAAAUUCUGCGCCCGUUCCUCAGACGUCAUUUCGCCGGAAAUUUAUUUGUGGUGUCGCGAAAUUCUUGGUUUGCAACCACGUGGCAAGGCGGCUAUAUUGAGGGUCAAUACAAUAGAGUUUUUUCUCAAAGAAUUUCCAUGAAAAUAGAGUUUAGUUCCCAGAGGAGAGUAAUGCUUUUGUUCUUGACCACCAACAUGGCCGUCGUGACGUCACGGGCAAACCAGCAAUAUCGGCUGUUUUCUCAGGCUACUGUACAGAGCUUUCUUGCCAGGCUAGGACUCAAGAUGUUACCUGAAACUGGGGAACGGACAGCCGGUGGGGAAAGGGGAAUGAGCACGGGCAACAGGAAAAAUGAAAAAUGGGAUAUGGUUAGGUUUUUUCCCAUUUUACCUAGUUCCCGUUCUUAGGGAUCGUUCCCAGUUCCCCUUCCUCUCUUCUCCAGUUUUGGCAACAUCGUGGGAUGAAGAAGUAGGAGAAAGCAGAAAAGAAGAAAAAAGAGGAGGGCCAGGAGAAUAAGAAAAAAUGUUUAUCUAGCGAAGCUAUCGUUUAGCUUUUUUAAUGUCUUUGUUUUGUGUUUAGUUUCUUGUAGGGUUGGUAAUGCUACUCCGAAGCAAAAUGAUCAACGUGUUGUCUUCUACGUGUUUGGAUCAGAGGACAUCUACAUCGUAGAUCCAAAGAGCAAAGCUAUUUUGUCUACAAUCGGUCCUGAUGGGGUUUGUACCAAAUCAAAUAACAGGUAUUCCAGGUGAGCAUGCCUAAACAAUAAUAUUUGCCGAAAAUUUUCACAUUCCUUGCCUUGAUGUAAAUAUAUAUCUAGCAUGAGAGAAAGUGUUUCAUCACCAGAUGAGACAAGACUGAAAGACUGAGAAGAGAGUUGAAAAUACGACGCGCAGGUGCAGCGGAGUAUUUUUGACGAACUUCGAGGUGUUUCAUCUGGUGAUGAAACAUUGUGUCGCAAUGCUUGAUUUUACUUCUCAAACACUGAAAAUGAUUUUACAAGGAGAGAUCAAGGAUGCAAAAAUGAGCAGUUUUUCAUCUGAUUUCCAAACACUCAUUAAAUUUUAAUUUCCUUUGUAUUUUCUUUUUGACUUAUUAAUGAGUUUGAGAAUGCAAUAGAAAUUGUGAUAUCUUCUGUAUUUUACUAGGGAUAACUGUUCGUUCGGUCGCAAUACAGUGGUGAGAGACAAACUCAUCCUCUUCAGCGACAUGCCUGGGAAUCGGGUUCAUGUUAUUGAUGCGCAGGAGCAAAAGGUAAAUAGCUUUCUCCAAUUUGUAACUCUGUACUAAGGUCGCAGAUGAUGAGUUCAUUAACAAAUAACUCUCCGUUCAUGUUUUCCGUCUUACAGUCAAACCAGGUCAAGCGUUCCCGUCGCUAACGAACUAAUGAAUUCAUUCACGGAAAAAUGAUUUCGUUUGUUGAUUCAAUAAUCCAUUCAUAAAAUGAACAAUCCAAUAGUCAUAUUUAGCCUCGAUUCCAUAAUCGAAAGUUGAUUCGAUUACUGUUUUUUGAAAAACUACACUUUCCACAAGUUGAUCUCAGAAUUUUGUUUUUUCCUCUUUUUUUCCCGAGAGUCGAGUGCUGGCGAGUUCUGAAGUUCAAACCCAAACAAACUGUUACAUGUACACCAGUUUGCUGCCAGUAAUCAGUGCAACAGACCUAGGCCUGACCUCUUAGAAAACACAACGGUCAAACUGAGGUCAGUGUAUGUGCGGUGGAUUUCGAUCCUCGGCCAUUGUCUGUUUCUUUGCGUUUGCGGUCUGUCUAUUCUAGCUGUUAUUUUGAUUAAAGGCAAUGAAAAACGCAAUCGUAAACGGCAGGGAAAAGGAAGCAAAUACGAUUGAACACAACAGACAAGAAUAAAGAACAGGUAGAUUUUGUUCAUAAACCAAAUCAACAUUUGAUAAUUGAAUCGAGGUCCAAUUUGACUGUUCGAUUAUUCAUUUUAUGAAUGGUUUAUUGAAUCAACAAACGAAAUCAUUUUUCCAUUAAUGAAUUCAUUAGUUUGUUAGCGACGGGAACGCUUGACCUGGUUUGACUGUAAGUGGAAACCGGAAGGCCCCAAAUUAGCCUAACGGUUAUAUUCUCGCACCUCAUGACUUCGUUGCUGUUUGCUGACGUCAUCAGUUACAACACAUACUCGGGAAAAAUAGAAAUCUGUUAGCAACCUCAUCCCCAGGGUGUUCUCGUUUUCUAAUAUGUCGGCGGCCAUAUCGAAAAACGAGUCGAGAAUACCCUGGGGACGAGGUUGAUCUGGGAGUUAACCAUGCCUUUUGUUGCCACCAUGUAAACAGUCGCGUAACGAUUGGUAAACGAGCACCCGAACUAGUGUGGACCACAACAUUGAACGUGUUUACACGCGUUACGAAAUAAUUGUGGACGUGGUCUGAAGCUAUACAUGUAAAAUAGACGUAAACCGAUUAUACAGCUGUUUCCAGAAAGUUUAGUUGAAAAAAGCGUAAAAGUGAACGGGACAAUCCAGCCUCAAGAUAAUCUUGGACGUACCAGUGAAUUUAAUUAAGUCAAAUAAAUGAAUGAAUAUCAAACUCGCUUUUGGCAGUCCGCUUGGCGACGAUCUUAGAUGGAUGACGAAGGUUUUGGGUUGUCAUAUUGUAAAUACCCCAGUUUCGAUUCGAAAGUUUGAAAACUUUGCAAGAUCGAGAGGUGUAUUGGCCCGCUUUGUCUAAAAACUCCCAAGGAUCUUUAAAAAAAAACGAUGAGAGAAAACAAGCCAGGACACUGUGUAUACAACUGUAAAAUGGCCAAUUAAUAUCAACAUUUUGCCUCCAAAGGUCGUGGAAACAAUCCCAACAGAGGGCUACCCGUAUGAUUUGUACUACUUACAUUGGCUGAAGGAGGUCUGGGUACAUGCCUGGACCAGCUCUACUUUUGACGUCAUCAACACCGAUGGAAGCCUGAAAAAGACGCACAAGGCUAUCAAGGCGCAUGUGCAACCAGGUCAGUACAGAGUGUUGGUUGAGUGUUGGCGUCAUUUUUUUUGUGUGUAACCAAUGAAAAACGGAUUCUGAGCUUAUCUUAACGUAUCAUAAAUUUCAACUUUUUCUCGGCGGAUUGCACCUUAAGAUUGAAAGAGUUUAGCCUCACCGCGCAAGGCAACAGUUGAAGAUGCACGAUCAUGCAUGUUUUCCUGCUCGCAAAACCGGCAGCAUGUUUUCUGUUGGCGGCCUGAGACCGGCUACAGAUGUGUUUGUUAGCUUCAAUUUGUUAGCAUUUCGUAGAAAUCCCUCCGUAAUUUUGUUUUACCCAAGUUGUACGCUGACAAAGCUCUUGUCGAACUGUAUACGUUCUUAGGUUGGACACACGGGUACAUGUUCGCUGACCCAGAGGUGAAAGACGGUAAAAUUGGUUACAUCACUCACUUGUUCAACCCAGGCCUGCACCAAAUCGACCUCAUAGCCAAGGCAUACAAGACCUUUGUUAACGUUUCUGACUACGACUGCACCGGAACUCUGAACUUCGUUUACAGCCCUAUGAACAAACACGCCUUCUUUGAUUGCUAUAGAUCGAGUACGAAGGUUGCAUUGUUGGAGAUGAACCUCAGCAAUGACACAAUUGUUCGUAAGUGGAACAUCGCUGGGGUACCGUAUGUUUCACCCGAUGGCCGCUACAUCGUCGCACUCUACAAAUCUGUCAACGAGUCGACGAACCUGCUCCUUGCUAGUAAAGUUUAUGUGCUGGUUAUUCCUGGCAAGGACAGUGCUACCAUUUUGAAGUCCACAUUAGAUAUCGCUGGUGGCGUGAGCGACCUUGUUUAUUAUGAGAAGGUCGAAAAGAAGGGAAGUUUUAUUGCUUACAUCAGUCUUAUUUACAGCGACAAGAUAGUAGUGUUAGAUCUCGACUCUCUCGACUCUGGAAACCGCCAAAUCAGCUACGUCGAAAACGUUGGAAACGUCUAUUCGGCACCCGGUAUGCACUCCGUAAGUCGACCGUUGGUAGCAUCGGGUCCCUGGCUUGUGACUCCAGCCACUGCUGACCAAUCCCUUGCCAUCAUCAACAUCGCCACGCAAGAGCUGUAUGGGAUGGUAAAGGGCGUGGUCAAGGGGAGGGGGAUGGCAGCAUAUAGGGAGAUAGCAGCAUACUCAACGACGCCAUAUCCCAAAGGAGCUGGGAGAAGCUUUUGUGGUUCAAAGGCGAUUGUGAUGUUCACCUUGCUGUAUACUCUGUACGUGUUGAUGGCCGACUAGAAGAAAGGAAAUUCUAAGGCUAUGUUUACACCUCGUUAGGAAGUCUUUUAGAAACACUUUCGCCAAAAACGAUUUACACCACCACUAGUUUGUCCUCCAAAUCUUAUAGGGCGUGUUUGAGAUGCAAUAACCCGCAUCAAUAUUUAAUGUGAUUUUUCUUUUUUUAUUAACGAGAAGGGCAUGCACAGAUUCCCACCAAAAUGCGUGCAUUUAAUGCAGGGUUAUAUAUUUUAAGUAGCUGUCUCUACUGUUAAUAAAGAGAACUGAGUAAUGAAUUUUGGUCUCAUCGGAGUCAAUAUAGUAGAAAAACAGGGUAAGAAGGCCGUGUAGUACUUACAACUGGGGAAAAAGUGGAGAUGAAGUUAGGAGAAGUAUGAACAAAUAACGGAUAAAAUGUGCGCAAUCAUAACUUUCUGCAGGAUAGUUAGAGGACUCAAGAUCAGGAGUGGAGGACCAUAGCUCAGUUUGACUCAACAAUCAAUCAAUGUCUUAGAAGCAAAUCAUAAAUUAGAAGACAAGUAACUGUUUUGAGUAGUAAGUGUCUUUAUCGACGUCUGAUAGGUUUAUUUUGUAAAGAAAUUGUGGUGUUAAUUAAAGACUUUGUAAACUGAGGUGAAUAGUGUAUUCGUUACCGUAGUGCAAAGAUUGAGAAACUAUCGACGUGUUGCCCUCAGAUCCUUGGCUUUUUAAUGCACAUCAGGUGGCGUUUCCCGCCAAACACCGCGAAGUAUAAAACACAACACAGUUAGAAACUUUUGACGCCAAAUGUAUUUAUUUCAGUUUACUCUAUUUGAACAUUUCUAGCCGAUUUAUUUUUAAACGUGCGGAAAUUCUCAGCAAAUGAACCUCUUUACUGGGUGCCGCUGGGUUUUAGUUGUGUAGGAUGGUUUCGUACAUGCUUUGCACUCCCAUAACCACGUCCAUAGCGCGCGUCUUCAAGGACAACUGUAGAAACAACAAACACGAGUUAG